GCAAAUCCCGUCGUGCCCUGCGCGCCGCCCGCCCGGACUGCGGCACCGGGGCUGCGGUGGGCGCCGCUUAACCGCCGCCAGCUCCCCCGGCUCCGUCCGGCCUCCCGGCACCGGCUGCCGCGGGGGACGUCGCGAUGGGCAGCGAGGAGGAGAUCGUGCGUAUCGCCCGGCGCCUGGACAAGAUGGUGGCCAAGAAGAGCGCGGAAGGUGCAAUGGAUUUACUGAAAGAGCUGAAAAGUAUGCCUAUGACUCUGGACUUGCUGCAGUCCACCCGCAUCGGGAUGUCUGUGAACGCCCUGAGGAAGCAGAGCACAGAUGAAGAGGUGAUAGCUCUGGCCAAAUCCCUCAUCAAAUCUUGGAAGAAGCUUCUAGAUGCUUCUGAGGAAAAGAGUGAGGAGAGAAAGAGAAGCCUGUCCUUGCCAACAUCUUCCUCAAAGGAGACCAGUAACUCCAGAGACCAAAGCUCCAACAAGAGGCAGGAGCCCCCAAAGACUCCAACCACCCCCAAGAUCACCACCUUCCCUCCUGCCCCUGUCACCUGCGAUGCUGUGCGCAACAAAUGCAGAGAGAUGCUGACAGCAGCUCUGCAGGCUGAUGAUGACUACGUGGCCAUCGGUGCCGACUGUGAGCACAUAGCAGCCCAGAUUGAGGAAUGCAUCUACCAGGACGUGAAGAACACCGACAUGAAGUACAAGAACCGCGUGAGGAGUCGCAUCUCCAACCUGAAGGACUCCAAGAACCCUGAGCUGAAGAAGAAUGUCCUGUGUGGGGCCAUCACCCCUGAGCAGAUUGCAGUGAUGACCUCAGAGGAAAUGGCCAGCAAUGAGCUGAAAGAGAUCAGGAAAGCCAUGACCAAGGAAGCCAUCAGAGAGCAUCAGAUGGCCAAGACAGGAGGGACUCAGACUGACCUCUUCACUUGUGGGAAAUGCAAGAAGAAGAACUGCACCUACACUCAGGUGCAGACCCGCAGCUCGGACGAGCCCAUGACCACCUUCGUCGUGUGCAACGAGUGUGGCAACCGCUGGAAGUUCUGCUGAUGUGUGCCAUGGCCUGAGAGCAGCCACCAAGGGCAGAGCAGAACAUCACCUCCAGCUGCCAGCUCCUACUGCAGUUGUCUUUUGUGUCCCAAGUGAGUUUUGCCAUUGUCACACGUGCUGAGCCGAGGGGCUGUGGGGAGGCCUCGAGGGGAGAAGCCCCAGCUGAGGGCAGUUGGCAGGAGAGCUCACGGAGCACAGUCCUCUUCUCAUCCACACCACUAUGGUCACUUCUUUUCUUCCAGACUAAUAUUAAACAUUUUUCUCAGU